AGAUAAUCUAAAAACAAAAAAAAAAAUUAUUUAUAUUAUUACAUAAAAAAUUAAUAUACAAAACUAAAUAAUAAAAAAUUUUAUUUAUUUUUUUAUAUAAUAAAAAAAUACAAUUAAAGUCUUUUUAUAAUAAUAAUAAUAAUAAUAAAAUCAAUAAUAAUAAAAUCAAUAAUUAAAAUAAUUAGAAAAUAAUAGUAUUUACAAAAACAUAAAUUAUAAAAUCUAUUUAGAUAGAAAAAAAAAAAAAAGAUGGAAGAACAAAAUACAUCAGAAUUUUCACAAGAAUCAACCAUUGCAUCAUUUGAUAAUGGUUCAGAAAAAGAGUUAAAUGGCAAUAAUAGUAUAAAUAAUAAUGAAAGCAAUACAAAUGUAGAACUAAAUGAAAAUAGUAUUUCAACUAGAAGUGAAGAUAAUAAUACAUUGGCCACUACUAAUGCCACUAAUCAUACUAGUAAUAAUAAUGAAAACAACGAUACAGUUAAUGAAGAAAUUGAACCAUCAAAACCAACUUAUAAUGACAUUGUUCAAUUUAUAGAUCACAAUGGUGAUAUUGUUAAAGAUAAUGGUAAAAAUACAUUUUUAGCAACAAUUUCAAAUAGAGAAGAUUUUCUAAAUAAAGGAUUUGACUAUUCAGUAAUUUCAAUUCUUGGACCACAAAGUAGCGGUAAAAGUACAUUAUUGAAUUAUUUAUUCAAUACCAAAUUUGCAGUUAUGGAUGGAUUAACAGGUAGAAAACAAACAACACAAGGUGUUUGGAUGGGUGUAGCUACUCCAUCAUCAGCAUCAAAAGAAACUUAUUUAAUUUUAGAUGUCGAGGGUACAGAUGGUCGUGAAAGAGGUGAAGAUGAAAAAGCAUUCGAAAGAAAAACCUCACUUUUCUCUCUUGCUCUCUCAUCAGUUUUAAUUAUUAAUAUGUGGGCUCAUGAUAUUGGUCGUUACAAUGCCGCCAAUAUUUCUUUAUUAAAAACUGUUUUUGAAUUAAAUUUGCAAUUAUUCCAACAUAAAAGAAAUCACAAAAUUUUAAUAUUUUUUAUAAUUAGGGACCAUGAUGGUGUUACCCCACUAAAUGAAUUAAAACGUAUUUUAUUGGAGGAUAUUUCAAAAUUAUGGAGUGAUUUACAAAAACCAGAUGAAUUCAAAAGUAAAAGAGAAACCGAUUUCUUUGAAUUCGAUUUUACUUCAUUACCACACAAAAUUUAUUCAAAUGAACAAUUUAUGAAACAAGUCGAAGCAUUAAAGACCAGAUUUGUUGAUCCAAAGCUCAGCAAUUUUAUUCCAAAAGUAGAGUAUAGAAAUGAUGAUAUCCCAGCAGAUGGUUUUUAUCAAUUUAGUUAUCAAGUUUGGGAAACUAUAAAAAGUAACCGUGAUUUAGAUUUACCAUCACAAAAAGAAAUGUUAGCAUUAUACCGUUGUGACGAAUUUGUAGAAAAAUCAAUGAGUAUCUUUAAUAAAGAGCUAAGAACCACCAAAGAGUCAAUAGAGAAGGGCAGAAUACAAGAAAAUUUUGGCGAAAAGUCAAAACGUAUCAUUGAUCAAGCUUUGGAAAUCUAUGACGAACCAGCCUCACGUUACCAUCAAGAAACCGUUGUAAAGAAGCGUCAAGUAUUAUACGAUCGUAUGUUUACCGAGUUAAAAUAUCUUUUCGAUAAACAAAUGGAAAGAUUAUUUGAAAAUGCAAUGGAUUUUUAUAAAUCAUUAAUCAAAGAGUUUAGUGUUUCAUCAAAAGAUAGUUCUGCAUCAUCAUCAAAUAUUAAGCGUGAUGGCAGCUCAUCACCAUUAACUGCUGCUUCAGCUGGAAUCAUUCCACAAUUUUCAAUUUGGUCAGAGGGUGUCAAAAAGAAAUCAGUUGAAUAUUUUGAAGGUGUUGCCAAGCAAUCUAUUGUUCAAGGUAGUGAUUGGACUUUUAGUGAACAAUUAGAGGAGUUAAAACAAAAGCUUGAUAAAGAAUUAGAAUCACUUAAAGAAACCCAAUUAAAUCGUUUAUCAAAACUCAUGAGAGAUAAAACCUUCCAAGAACUCACACCAAAUAUCACCAAAGUUACCGAACAAGCACCAAACGAUAUGUGGUCCAAAAUUAAACGUUUCUACGAAGAUGCAGUAUCAACUAACGAAAAAGAAUUUAGAGAUCGUUUAAAUGAUUUCUCUUUAGAUCAAGAUAAAGCAUUAGAGAUUAUCAAUAAAUUUAAAGAACAAUUAUCAGAAGGUUUAAAGACAAAGAUUACAGAGCGUGCAGAAUUCCUCCAAAUGCGUAUGCGUAAACGUUUCGAAGAGAAAUUCAAUAUGGAUAGCCGUAAUCUCCCAAGAAAAUGGACCAAACAUGAUGAUAUUGGUGCCAUAUUCCAAGAAGCUCGUCAAAAUGCUGAAAAAUUAAUUGAUCUUUUUUCCUAUCUUCGUUUAGAUGAAGAUGAUUUAAAUAUUUCAUUCUUUAAGAAAUCAACAGAAAAAGCUGACGAAUACGAAGAAAAUACUAUGGUUAAUGCCAAUAAAAUUAUCAUUCCAUUCAAAGAUUGUCUCAACACUUGCGAACAUUUCCGUCAAAAUAUUAAAUCCGAUUAUAUGCAAGCUCUCUCAGAACAAAAUCGUUUAACUACCGGUGGUGGUGUCCCAGCAUAUAUGAUCCUUCUUUUAUGCGUUUUAGGUUUCAAUGAAUUCAUUGCUAUUCUUUCAAGCCCACUUUUAUUCAUUUUAACUAUACUCCUUGCUUGUGGUGGUGUCGUUCUUUAUAAAUUAGGUCUUUCUGGUCCUUUCCUCGAUUAUAGCAGCCAAUUUUUGGUUCACUUUAUUAAUAAGGUUAAAGAUAUUGUAUUACAUGUAGAGCAAUUAUCAGAGCACAAUAAUAAUAAUAAUAAAGUUAAAAAAGAUUAAAACAGAUAAAUAAUAAAAAUACCACAAAUAAAUUUCAAAAAAACC